AUGUACGAGUAUCUACAACUCUUCCAACAAUUUCGAGAUCUGAAGUCGUUGGAGGAAGUGAAGCAAACACAUCACUUUUCUGCUCAUGCUCUGCGCUUCAUCAAUGCCAUUACAGAGAUUCUUGAAUGCCUGGACGCUGAAAAUAUUCUUUCUAACGUACUAGAAAAGCUGGCGCAGUCUCAUCAGAAGCAUAAAGUUACAAUCGAACACUUCAAAGUGACGCUUGCUAUCGCCCAACAGGUAAUAUCUCCUCUGCUAAGCUCGGAAUCCAGCCGAAAUAGCUUGAAGAUGGUCUUGGACGAGGCCACGCCGAUAAUCUCGGCUGCAAUCUCCGCUUAA